UGUUCUCAUGCAUACAGUCUCAAUUUCUUCUUUCUUGGCCGGUAAAGUCCUGCGUAAUUUACUAGAGUCUAUGGGGAAUGUGGCCCCACGGAGUCGGUCAGAUCUUCGAUGAAGUUUCCGAAUUGUGCCCGUGCGUAGAAAACUAAGCAUCCGGGUUUGUGAUCUGGAGUGGCCAUCUGAUGUCAGAGAGAGAGGGGGAGAGAGAAUAGAAAGUUUGUUUAUCAAGAUACCUUGUACUACAUGGUGCUGAAAUGAAAGGGAAAGAACUUCCAUCCAAGUCCCAGAAAAACAAUAUGACCAAGCCUUUUGCAAUUCUCAUUUUCAUGCUUAGUUUUCUCACCCUGAAAGCGGAAUCAACCGUUACUAUCAGCAGGCAUUACUGUUUGAAUUCGAGCACUUUUAGUCCGAAAAGCACCUAUGAGACCAACCUCAAACUUCUCCUCGAGUCCCUUUCCUCUCGUGCCAACUCAGGCGAUGGAUUCUUCAACAUGAGCAAAGGGAAGCCAGGUGAUGCCGAUGCCGUGUACGGCAGCUUCUUAUGCAGGGGAGAUGUCACCAAGGAUGUGUGCGUGGAAUGUGUGACAGAUGCUAGCGUCAGGAUCCAAGAGAUUUGUCCUAUGGCCAAAGUGUCCAUCCUCUGGUUCGAUGAGUGCAUGUUGCGGUAUUCGGACCGUGACUUCUUUUCAGCCACAGACAAAGUGCCUCUUCUGUAUGAGUAUAAUGCAGAGAACAUGAAACAGCCCGCUGAGUUCAUGAAUCUAUUGAGCAAAACAAUGAACCAGUUGAUAACCCCAGCCGCUGAACGACUAGACAAGAAGUAUGCUUACAAAGAGGCCUACCUCAAAUUAUGGGACAGAACUCUCUACACGUUUGUCCAGUGCAGGCAUGAUAUCUCGGUGGCCAACUGUAAGGAUUGCCUGCAGAAUGCGACUUUUAAUCUCCUGACGAUCCAAACCGGGAAAAUUGGGGGCAGAGUCUUGCUUCCAAGUUGCUUUGUCAGAUUCGAGGUGUACCCGUUCUAUGCAAAGCUCUCUGAAGUAGAAAAGAAAAGGCAUUCUUCAUCAAGAUUAGUUGCUGGGAUAACUUCUGCAACUUCAGCGGUCAUGCUGCUUUGUGCCGUGCUCUGCUUUAUCCGCAAAAGAAAACAGAACAAGAGGAACCGUGACAAAGAUCCUAUUGGGAGUGAAAUUUCGGAACUACAUUCCCUGCAAUUUGAUGUGUGUGCAAUUGAAGUCGCCACAGCUUACUUCUCAAAUCACAACAAAUUAGGGGAAGGCGGGUUCGGUCCAGUUUACAUGGGAACACUUCCUUGUGGGAGAAAAAUCGCUGCAAAAAGGUUGUCUCAAAGCUCCAAACAAGGCGUGCAGGAAUUCAAAAACGAAGUCGAAUUGGUAGCCAAGCUCCAGCACAAAAAUCUAGUAAGGCUAUUAGGAUUUGCCAUGGAAAGAGAAGAAACGAUACUGGUCUACGAGUACGUUCCUAAUGGAAGCCUCGACCAGUUGCUUUUCGAUCCUCGGCAAAGCGUACAGUUGGAUUGGUCUGCCCGCCACAAGAUCAUGGUUGGGGUGGCGCGUGGUCUUCUUUACCUUCACGAAGAUUCUCGGCUCCGAAUUAUCCAUCGUGACCUCAAAGCUAGUAACAUCCUGCUUGAUGAUGAUAUGAACCCGAAAAUCUCAGAUUUUGGUAUGGCUAGGAUUUUUGGUGCUAAGUAGACUCAAGGAAGUACAAACAGAAUCGUCGGGACUUAUGGCUAUAUGUCUCCUGAAUACGCAAUGUAUGGACAAUUUUCAGUAAAAUCUGAUGUGUUCAGCUUCGGUGUGCUCAUGCUCGAGAUAAUAACUGGCAAAAAGAGUCACUACUCUUACAUAUCAGAUCAAGAUGCGAGCCUCGUAGACUAUGUUUGGGAACACUGGAGAAUCGGAGCACCUUUGGAAAUUGUGGAUCCAGCGCUGAGUGAAUCUAUCUUUGCAAAUGAAGUGAUCAAAUGUAUUCACAUUGGCUUGCUCUGUGUUCAGAACAACAGAGAAGCCCGACCUACUAUGGAUACAGUUGUUCUUAUGCUUAAUAGUGCAAAUUCCGUUAGCCUCCCUGUGCCUGAGCAACCUACAUUCUUCAUCCCAAGAGUGGAGCACAAACAACAAUCGCAAGAUCAAAACUCGAACCAAUCAAGUGAGAGACUCAAUAGCAGCAAGAUGAUGCUGCAAUGUUCAGUGAUCAGCGACUGUCUUACUGAUGUCGCUCCUCGAUAGAGAAGGAGAAAAGAUCAUGGUCACCUCGAAAUUCACUGAUCAUUGUAACAAUUCAUGAGCCAAGAGGUCAAAACCGAGUAUCUUACAAAGAAUACGAACUCUGUUUUGCAAGAAAUAGCAUCUUCAAGCUCCAAAGUACGAAGUGUCUGAGAGUCCAUUCUCAAUGAGAGCAACCGGAAGAAUUUAGAAAGUAACAAUCAGAAGCGGAGGGACUCAUUCCUGUCUUUAACUAUGAAUGUUAGAGAAGCAUAUUUCAAUCAACUCUUUAGUUUGGUGUGGUUUAUCUUCCUGUAUUCUUCGAGACAGUAGAAAAAAAAUGCUCUUGUAAGAGCAUAAUUACGUUAUUUUGUACCUGAAAUAAGGAUUUUUUUCCAUAUUA